AUAUGGGAUUCAUGGAAAGGAAAUGCUGACGAAAAGUUUGGUACGGUGUAUGGGAAUGUUCUUUACGUAUCGGAUUUAAUGAGCUUAAAAAUUGAGGAGGAGUUGAAUGAUCAGAUAAUUAAUCUUUAUUGUAGUGUACUGCAAAAACGGACGGAUCAGUGUGUACAGAAAGUGUCCCGUGCAGAUUGUCUGAUUCUGACCUCAAUUUUUGAAGGGAGGAAAAGCGUAACUUGGUUUAAAAAGGACGAUAUACAACAGUAUGACACUGUCAUUGGGUGCAUUAAUGACGGGAAGUGUCAUUGGGUUGCUGUGGUUAUGGAUGUCCAACACCAUAUUGUGACAAUUAUGGACCCGCUCAAAAUAUCAAAGAAAUUGAGAACAUAUGAAAAGAAUUUCAACUACUUCACUAAAAGCAGAGAUCUUGGUACAUGGACAAUCUGUACAGCAGUUGGGUAUCCUCUGCAAAAUGAUUUUAGCUCAUGUGGUGUUUAUUGUUUGAAGUUCCUCGACCGAUACCUAAGUAAGACAGAUACAUCUUUGGAAUUAAACGUCCAAGCUGAAAGAUUCACAAUUGGCAGUGAAAUUGUUCAAGCUGUGCAAACAAAAGGUGCUGUUAUGACAUGCUUCUUGUGUGCUAAAGAACCAACUAACAUGAGAGCAUGUUCAUGCUGUAAAAGGAAUUUCCACAAAAAGUGUAUGACUCCAGGACUAUGCAGUCUGUGCUCAAUUUUUCCACCUGGUGAGUGCAAUAGAAAAUUCUACCAUUUCUAA